AUGAAGAAGUCCCUAUCGUCGAAGACACUACCGUCCGUUUCGCCGGGAAAGACACCAUCACAUCGCAGCAAGGGAGAGAAGGAAGACGAUACCUGGUCACGUCUACACGCCUCCACCCCCAACGUCAAACUCGCGCGUCGCGUCAGCCAGUCCGUGUUGGAUGACACACCGCACUAUCGUUACGAUUACUUUCGAGACGAUGACAGCCUGAGCGACGAAGACGACGAAGACAGCGUGAGCGAGAGCGACGACGCCGAUGACGCAGUGGUCUGCGAAGUGGUGAGCGACGACGAAGGCGGCCACCACCAGCACCACCAGGCACAGAGCCCUCCUGACGCCGCUGCCGCGCCGGAGGAGGCCACGACGACCCCUGGCGGCCUGGCUGACGAGCUCAAGGCCAUCGGCGACAGGCCCAGGUUCACGAUCGGCAAGCGGACGGUCAGCGGCCUGCUGGACAACAAGCGAGUGCUCGGCCAGCAGCGCACCAAAGCUGUGGCGGCCGCCGCCCCGACCGCGACGGGCUCGGGUGCUGCUGCGACGGAGGCUGACGCGGGCGAGGCCAAGGCUGCGGACGAGGGCAGCAGCAGCGGUGCUCACCAGCCCCAGGCCGAGGAGCAGGAAGACAGCGACGACGACGAGGAGAGUGCGACCGAGCACACCGAAGACACCAACGAGACCGACGACGUGAACACAGAGGACUACGAACCCGACCUCUCGGACGACGAUAAGGAGCUCCAUCACAACUUCAGCGACGGAUGCCUCACCGCUGGCGAUGACCUCGCCCACGCGGGCGUCAACUACUCGCUGCGGGCUCGCCGCGGCGUGGUGCUCGACACGCCGGAGGGGAUCGUUGGGGUGGGCUACGGGUUGGGCGAAGGCGUCAAGAGCAGCAAGAACGGCGGUGGCGGUGGCGGUUCGCCCCUGGGCGGGUCCAAGGCCCUCAAGCUGCUCGGGAUCCAGGAAAGGAGCGACGCGGCCAUGGACCGCUUCAACAGCGCAACGCCCCUGGGCCCACUGGACGUGAUCGACGGCGGCAAAAAGAAGCUUGCGACCAGGCGCGGCUCGAAGAUCAAGCUGCCGAGCAGGGGUUCGGCCGAAAAGGUCAAGAUUCGCAGCCGGUCCAAGAAUACGCCCACACUCUCGUCCCGCUCGCAGUCGGACACUACGCUGGACGUCAUCGAGCGCGGCGAGGUCGCCUCUCGGCUUGGGAAGUCCUCGCCCAAGGUCCCCAAACAACGCAGUUCGAUCAAGCACAUGCGUGCUUCGAUCAAGUCACAAUUUUCCGAUUCGGUACCGCCUGGCCCAGAGGUGGUGCCGGCCAGGAAGGUGGUGGGCACGAUCGACGAACUCAUCGCUCUUCUGUUCGACGCCCAGCACUGCGAGUCAGACAAGGACUACGAGUCGGACUUCCUCUACCUCUACAGAUUCUUCAUCAAGCCCAAGACGCUCCUCAAGAAGUUCAUCGAGCUGUACCGCAAGAAGGAGGCCCUGCCGGACAAGGCCAGCGCCGAGCGCAUCGCCGAAGGCGAGAACGAGCGAUACCGCACCAAGAAAAGGAUAAUCGAGCUCAUCCAAAGUUGGACGAAAUUGGGCUUCGACGACCUGAACGAAGACGCCAACUUCAUGCAGAAGCUCACCUUCUUCAUCAACAACGUCCUCACGCCCAACGAGAGGACGGAAUCCAACAUCAACAUCGAGCUCACCCAGCUCAUCGAACGUAAGAACGCUGUCUACAAGAAACAGGUCGGUCCCAACCUCCUUCGGAGUAAAGAGGAAGAGGAGCUGGCCAAGGCGCGCUUCAUCCCCCUGAAGCCGGACCAGUGCCACCGCGUGGUGGAGGAGAUGACGUUCAUCGAGCGGAGCCUGUUCGUGGCCAUCCAGCCGUGGGAGUUCCUGGCCGUCCUCUGGAACUCGUCCCCGCCCACGCCCGAAGAGAUGAAGCGCCAGCAAAACUACAACAUGUGGGAGGAGCACAAGACGCGACUGGAGAACUGGGUGGCGUCGGAGAUCCUCACGCGACCAGACCUCACGGAACGCACGCUGACCCUCAAGAAGUUCAUCGACAUCGCGCGCUUCGCCUAUAAGAACGGCAACUUGAACUGUGUCCACACGAUCGUCACGGCGCUCAGUUCCCCCGCUCUCAAGCGCCUCGCCAAGACCUGGAGCAAUCUGCCGAGCAAGUCAGUGGCGUCGUUUGAUAAGCUGGUCGCCCGAGUGCUCUCCGGGGAGCAGACCGACUACCAGGCCUACACGUCCCUCCUCAAGGAGGGCCGCACCCUCUCCUUCCUUCUACCCUCCCUCAGUGUGUUCGCGCGAGAGAUCUCGCGACUGAAGGAGGCGAAGAAGGAGGACGAGAGCGGGGACAAGGCCAAGACCGUGGUGGACUUUACCAUGCUCCGGCGGGCCACCGUGGUCAUGCAGGAAAUCCAAGGCUACCAGCAGCGCGGCUCGCCCGCGCUCACGUCGCGCCCCAUCCUCAACAAAUUUUUGCGCCAACAGCACCGAUCCCUGCCAGAUAAUGUUAUAUACUACUUUUCACUCCACUGCGAAUCGGAAGAGGACGGCACGUCCAAGGAAAUCCAAAUCGACAGCCUCGACCCGGGUCUCGUCUACGCCAUCAACGCCGGACGAUUUUUCGUCAAGUCCGGCUCGCCCACCGCGCUCGCGGCCAAGGUCCUCGACAAGUGGCUCAGCUCGCUGGAUCCGGACUUCCGAGACGCGGUGAUCCUGUGCCGAGCGUACUGGCUCCCGUCGGUCGAUCUCUUCAACAAGCUCACCGAAUGUUAUCCCAAAGAGGCGCCGACGGACAUGUGGGGCGACUACAAGGAGGCGGAGGUGCACCUGCCCGACAUUCAGGAGCGGCUGCGCACCGUGGACGCCAUACGAUUUUGGAUGGAGGUGGAGAUGCACGAACUCGCCAACGACGACAAAUUCAAGCGCCAGCUCACCGAAUUCGUGGACAACACGUACUUCAUUAACUCCAACGAGGCCUCCUUCUUCCUGCACCUCAAGCAAACGUUCAAUCCCGUCCGGCCGCCAGUUCCCUCGUCCGUCGCGCCGGUGGUGUCCGGGGUGAGCGAGGAGGCGGUGACAGUCGAAUACCCGAUCGAGGAGAAGCUCAUGGCCAAGACCUUCCCGCGAGAGCUGGCCGAGUGCUUGACCAUCAUCGACCAGGUCAUGCUCAAGGCCAUCCCGCCCAAGGAGCUCGUCCGCAAGGCCUACACCAAACCGGAGAAGUCGCCCAACAUGGCGGGCAUGGUGAACCACUUCAACUCGAUCUCCAACUGGGCAGCGAGCUUGAUCGUGCUCGAAACCAACCAACAGAGACGAGCGCAGCUCCUGGUCCAAUUCAUCCUCGCCGCAUGGGAGUGUCGAUUGAUCCACAACUUCAACGGCUCCUACGCCAUCGUUGCCGCUCUCAACAACGCCGCCAUCUCUCGCCUCAAGCAAACCUGGGCGUUGGUGCCGGCGCGUGCGCUGGGGCGGUGGAAGGAGCUCGAGUUCCUGUUCGACUUCCCCGGCGCGUUCAGGAACUACCGGGAGGCCAUCGCCAAGACCAAGCCGCCGGUCAUCCCCUUCCUGGCCAACUAUUCCAAGAAUCUCUUCGGUAUCGAGGAGAACAACCUCGUCUACAUCGCCGAUGGGGUGGUGAACUUUGAGCGGUUCGUGAUGCUGGUGUCGCAGAUACGCGAUCUGCAGACCUAUCAACAGUACAGCUAUAACUUCACCGUGGAUCCCGCACUCUACGACUAUCUCGUCGAGGGCAAGAACAAGAUUAUUUUGUCGGAGGACGAUUGCUACGAGCACUCGCAGGACCGCGAGGGCAGACAGGCCGCCUGCAACAGCGACGGCGACAUGUCGCCGGUCCUAUCGAGCAGCACCUCCUCCUCCUCCUCUUCCGGCUCGUCCUCCCUCUCCUCCCGCUCCAUGUCCUCGCCCGCCCUCCGCACCAACGUCGGCGCCGCCUCGCCGCCGCCCUCCUCCUCCGGCGCCGGCGGGCCGUCGUCCGCUCCCGCGCACCUCUCCGCGCUCGCCUCCGUCUCAUCGUCGUCAUCGCCGCCGUCGCCGUCGUCGCCGCUCGACUCGAGCCCGCCGUCGCCGUCGUCGCCGCUCACGCGGUCGAGCACUGUCUCGGUGGCCACGCGGUCGUCGAGCCUGUCGUCGUCGCCCAGCCGGUCGAGCGUGGGCCUGGCGUCGUCGCCCCUCUUUGGGCGGUCCGCGCUCAAGCUGGGCCGAAGCUCGAGCUCGCUGAGCGUCAACGGCGGCGCCGGCGACGAGGCCGACCAGUCGGCGGUCAAGCGGAACAAUCCGAUCUUUGGUGCGCGGCUGCCCUCGUCGCCUUCGCCGACCGGCAGCCCGUCGCCGCUCAAGAAGUCCGCCGGCUAG